CUGCACGAGAAGAUUUAACCGCAGGGAGAGCCCCCUUCUUUCUCCGUCGGACGAGACCAGAGGAAGACUAUGGGAGGCGAUCGGAAGAUCGGGGUGGCGCUGGACUUCUCCGGGAGCAGCAAGCGGGCGCUGCAAUGGACCAUUGACAACCUCCUCGACAUUGGUGAGACCCUCAUCGUCAUCCAUGUCCUGCGCCCCAAGUCGUCGUCCGGCUCCAAGCACUCCGAUUCUCCUCCUUUGAUCCCCCUGACGGAGUUCCGGGAAUUGGAGGUGAUGAAGAGGUACGACGUGGAAGUGGAUAUCGACGUCCUCGAUAUGCUCGACACCGCGUCCAGACAAAAGGAGGCGACGAUCGUCGUGAAGUUGUACAAUGGAGACGCGAGGGAGAAGCUGUGUGAAGCCGUGGAAGAGCUGAAGCUGGACUCGCUGGUCAUGGGCUCCCGAGGUCUUGGCCAGAUCCAGAGGUAACACGAUUCAUACAGAA